CAUUUUGCGUUUAUUAUUAUGAUUUUAACAAAGAAAGAUCAAGAAAAGUGGAGAUCCGAGGAGUGGAGACUGAUGAGCUACAAGGAUCAAGGCUUUGUUAUCCAGGUUAUGUUGAGAAUAUUAGGUUCCUCUAAAGACUUUUUGUUUUUUUUUUGUCCAGUAAACCAUAUUUUCAAAUUAAGUUUUGGUCAAUAUGUCUGUUUUAUAAGAAAAAAAAAGAUAAACGCAUAUGGUUAUAGGCUCCUUUGCUAGAGCAAUUUUUUGUUGUUAGUCAUGGUUUAUUAGUAUUGAUAUGCGUUCAGUACUGCUAUGACUCACUACGAUAAAUAGAACGUCUAGAGAAGCUACACCACCUUGAUUAUUUAAGGGUCUGGUGCGAAGAUGCCUCGGCCCAAACGUUAUAGACUCUUUUCUACACCAGUUGUGGUUUCGUUUAAUAAAACACAUGGUUCUAGCCUCCUUUGCUAGAGCAACUUUUGGUUGUUAUUCACGGGUUCAUUACGUUAGCUAGUUACGUGGAACAAAUUAUGUCAGAUGUGUGAUUAACUUAAAUGUAGUUAAACUUAACCGUUGUUUUAAACCAUAUUUCCGGAUAAUGAUAUGAUUAGGCCGAGAAAGUAAACAAUAUUACGUUAUACUAUAGGUAGAUAGGUAAUUUAGUAAGCCUUUUACUUAAAAUAAUUAAAAUAAUUUUGUUGAACUAUAUUUAUGUAAAUUAUUUCUAAAAAUUUGAAAGUCAUAGACUAAUGGUUCACUUGUUUAAUUGUGUGAAGACUCUGAUUAAUUUGUUUGAAGACUUUAUGUUUGUGGUAGUCGUUUGCUACCAUGUGAUGUGUAUCCUACAUUUUCAGUCGGCAACUUCAAAAGUCAACGUUCAAACUGUGUCACCAAGUCGUCGCCCACUUGCAUGGGAAUUUCAACUAUUGAGUCUAGUGUUUUGUCCCUACUCUUAGUUGCGUGUCCAAAUGUCACAGCUCUUUAUACCGAUACUCUCCUAUAAAUUAAGCACAACUUGGUGAAUAACCAAAAACCAAACUCAGAACUAUAUAAGUUUCUUAAACUCUUUCGUCCACUUAAGCAACCAUAUUAUGGCUUCAAGAAAACCUGUUAAUCGUCCAUCAGUGAAGCACCCGAGUCACAAACAUCCGCUACACAUCUUUAAAGCCCAAGAGGAAGAUGAGAUCAUCUGCUCUGGAUGUGAGCUCGAGCUAACCGGAGAAGCUUUCAAGUGUACCAAGUCAGACUGCGAUUACUUCUUGCACAAGUCGUGUUUCGACCUACCCCGUGAACUCAACCACAAGUCUCAUCCUAACCAUCCUUUAACCUUGCUUCAUUCCCCACCUUAUGAAAGUAACGCUUACGGGUGUGACGCAUGCGGUCAGUAUGGAUCUAGUUUCAUUUACCAUUGCUCUAAGUGCCAGUACGAUGUUCAUGUGGGAUGUGCCUUUCUCCCUGAGAUCUUAGAGCGUGAAGAUCACGAACACAAGCUUACUCUAGUUUUCAACUCGCCGUGCAAAGGUCGUGAGGGCAUGGUUUUCAUGUGUGAUGUUUGUAAAGAAACUGUGUCGGAGAAUCUUUGGGUUUAUCACUGCAAAGUGUGUGAUUAUGGAACGCAUGUGCAUUCUUGUGCGGUUUAUGAAAAUCACGAGGCGAAAAGAGGAGGAGGAGGAGAAGAAGAAGCGGUCUUGGAAGCUUUGAGGAUGGAGUCGUUGAGGAAUGCUCGUAUGGAGUUGGCGAAUAUGCGUAUUUCGAAUAAAAUAAAUAAUUCUGUAAUCCAUUUUGGGGAUGAACCUAGAUAUCAUUGGGUCAGAAAAUGAAUAAUCUUCGUUUUUCCUCUUUUGGAAAUAUCGUUUUUUCGUGCAAGUUAUUGUAAGCUUUCUUUUCAUGUAAUCUUUGUUUUUAAUUUAAAAAUGUGAACAAUAUAGCAGAAUAACAAAAUUAAAUUGUUACGAUUUA